AUGUUUUUGUUCGGAUCCGACAAAAUAUUUUGUUCAAUUACACUUCUGUGCACUACUGGCAAAACAAAAUAUCGUAUCUGUUCGCUUAUCAUCCCUUCUACAACCAGUAAGUUGAUCUGUUCAUUGUUCCAAAUUUGUUUCUAUGCUCUUCCAUUUCUCGUUUCGUUUCUAUAG